UCAGUAUCUUGCUUACAAGCUUUGGUAUGCAACCUCUUCUCAUCAGCUAGCUAAUUUAACAGCGACCAUCUUCCUCUUGACAAACUCAUAUGCUCUAUUCUUCAAGCACUAUAAAAUGUAACAUGAGUUUUUAGUCUCAUUCAAACGCAUAUCAACGUGUGUUAUGGCUCUAAGUAAAAGAUUUUGUGUUCUAUUUCUUUGCUUCAUUGGGUUCAUCUCCCGGCCACCAGUUGAAGCUGCUGUUAAGAGAUACCAAUUUGAUAUUCAAGUGAGAAAAGUUAGCAGAUUGUGUCAUGCCAAGCCCAUUGUCACAGUAAAUGGCAGGUUUCCAGGGCCAACAAUUUAUGUCAGAGAAGGAGAUAGAGUUCUUGUGAAUGUCACCAAUUAUGCUCAAUAUAACAUGUCCAUUCAUUGGCAUGGACUAAAGCAGUUUCGGAAUGGCUGGGCAGAUGGACCUGCUUAUGUAACACAGUGUCCGAUCAAGACAGGCCAAAGUUACACGUACGAUUUUAAUGUAAAAGGACAAAGAGGAACACUCUGGUGGCAUGCACAUAUCUUUUGGCUGAGGGCUACUGUUUAUGGUGCUAUUGUUAUCAUGCCUAAACUAGGGAACCCAGUUCCUUUCCCUCGGCCUCAAAUGGAAGAAGUCAUCAUUCUAGGAGAAUGGUGGAACUAUGAUGUAGAAGAGAUUGUUAAACAAGGGAACAAGCUGGGAUUGCCCCCAUAUGCAUCUGAUGCACAUACAAUCAAUGGGAAACCAGGGCCUCUCUUUCCAUGUUCUGAGAAACAUACAUUUGCUAUGGAGGUUGAGCAGGGAAAAACAUACCUCUUGAGGAUCAUCAACGCUGCGCUAAACGACGAGCUUUUCUUCGCCAUUGCUGGUCACAAGAUGACAGUAGUAGAAAUUGAUGCAGUUUACACAAAACCCUUUACAACUGAAGCAAUAUUAAUUGCACCAGGCCAGACAACAAACGUUGUUGUUCAAGCAACACAGUCACCUGGAAGAUAUUUCAUGGCCGCCAGGCCUUUCAUGGAUGCACCACUUUCCAUUGAUAAUAAAACAGCAACUGCUAUACUACGAUAUAAAUGCAUCCCAAACACUGUAUUUCCUCUCCUUCCCCAGCUUCCAGCUCCUAAUGACACCGCUUUUGCUCUUAGUUAUAAUUCCAAGCUUAGAAGCCUAAACACUAGACAAUUCCCGGCAAAUGUGCCUCUUAAAGUAGACAGACAUCUUUUCUACACAAUUGGUUUAGGGAUGAAUCCUUGUUCAUCUUGCUUGAAUGGAACUCAGCUCACAGCUUCCUUAAACAACAUAACUUUUGUAAUGCCUCAAGUUGGCCUUCUUCAAGCUCACUACUUCAACAUCAAUGGAGUAUUUACUACAGAUUUCCCAGAUAAUCCUCCAACACCAUUCAACUACACUGGUGCACCUCUGACUGCAAAUCUUGGCACUACCUUAGGCACUAGGCUAAGCAAAAUUGCCUACAAUUCAACUGUGCAGUUAGUACUUCAGGGCACAAAUCUUCUAAUUGUUGAGUCUCACCCAUUUCAUCUACAUGGGUACAAUUUCUUUGUAGUUGGAACUGGGAUUGGAAACUUUGAUCCUAAGAAGGACCCAGCAAAAUUUAACUUGGUUGAUCCUCCUGAAAGAAAUACAGUUGCAGUACCUACUGGAGGAUGGACUGCCAUAAGGUUCAGGGCAGAUAAUCCAGGGGUAUGGUUCAUGCAUUGUCACCUGGAGCUACAUACAGGGUGGGGAUUGAAAACAGCACUUGUAGUUGAGAAUGGAAAAGGCUCUGAUCAAUCCGUCUUGCCUCCACCUAAGGAUCUUCCUUCUUGUUAGCUGUGCAAAAUCUAUCUUUCCAACUGAUAAUUUCCAGGUUAUGAUCGAUUGGAAGAUGUAAGAAUUAGACUGGAGGCUAAUGUAUUAUAUGGAGGAACAAAAUUCAAAAUUUCAAACUUGUAACUAAUUGAUGUUUUAAGUUUAGCACAGAUUCUUUCUUCCCCUUCUUGAUUGCUCUUUUCUUUCUUCUGUUG